AUGCCUGAUUCUGAUUCUGAAUUAGAACAACCACCAAAUUCUAAAUUUAUAGAGACUUACAAAUGUGUCCCACUUGCCAAAUCGGUGCAAAAGAACAUUCAAAGAGGAGGCAAAUUGUUACUACCAUCUUCUGCAUUAGAACAAAUUAGUUUCUUGGACAUUUCUACUCCUUUCAUGUUCAAAGUUACAAACAACAUUAAUGGUCGUUCUACUCACGCUGGUGUUUACGAGUUCACAGCUGAAGCAGGUGAGGUUUGCGUGCCGCAGUGGAUGAUCAAAAACCUGGGCAUUCCAUUAGGAGGAUCUGUGGUAGUGGAGAGCGUCUCACUCCCGGCAGCAACCUUCUGUCGCUUGGAACCCCUCACUCGUAACUUUGCCUACAUCUCCGACGUAAAGACCGUGAUGGAAGAGAAUCUCAAGUACUUUACUUGCCUCACUGAGGGGGACACCUUGUUCAUCCAUGAGUCUAACAUGAACCAGAUGUACAAAGUGAAGGUCUUGGAGACAAAACCUGAAUCUGCUGUGGGUGUUUUGGACUGUGACAUGGAAGUAGAGCUUUCCAUGCCUGAAAAACCCAAGAGGCCAACAAGGAAUUCGUCACCGGAAAAGAAACAGAGCAAAAUCCAAACAAAUUUCAGACCUUUUCAAGGGCAAGGACAAAGAAUAGAUGGUGGAGAAGUCAAGACUCCCGAUAGUGAGCCGAAGAAAGGCGAUACAUCCUUUGUUCCAUUUAAAGGAAAAGGUUAUAGCUUAAAAAACAGGAAACAUAAGCAUGAAAACGAUAAUGAUGGGCCUCAAAAAAAGAAAAGCAGACUGAACAAAGACGAUUCCAACAUUCCUAACAAACUAAUUUUCAUCAGAAAAAUCCAAAAAGAAUUUGUUAAAAAGCAGUCAAAGGAAGAAAUUAACCCCUUUCAAGGCCAGGGAAAUUCUUUGAAAGAUAACUAA